UUCAACUUCCUCUUCAACUAUUUCUCUGUCUAAAGUCUUAAGACUCUUAACUCGUAACUCUGAACUCUACUUACCUCUCUGAAUUAAAGUUAAGAAGUCGAAUUUCUCAAGUCUCCAACGGCUACCUUCUACUCCCCACUCUCUCAUCUCCCGCCAUGUCCAUCCAUCCACCAUAUCAAACAAGCUCAUGGUCUUAUCAUAGCUGUGGGUCUCUCCACCAACAACACAAUCAUGGCUCACCUUCUCUCCGCAUUAGCUAUCUCUCCACCAGAUUCAUCGCCAUCAACCUCACAGUAUUCACUUUCGAUAUUUCAACGUUUCGAAAACCCCAACAUUUUUGCUUCAAACAGUAUGAUUAGAUGUUUGGCUAAAUCCCAAACUCCUCAAAAUUCAUUUCUACUAUAUAAAUCCAUGCAUCAGAACAUUUACUGUCAGCCUAAUAAUUAUACUUUUCCGUUUGUUCUUCAAGCUUGCAGUAAGCUUUUAGGUACUCGUGAAGGACCCCAGAUUCAUAAUCAUAUUGUUAAACUUGGGUUUACUAAAGAUGUUUACAUCAAAAACUCUUUGAUUAUUUUUUAUAGUAUGUGUGGUCAAAUACAGAAUUCCCGUCAAGUGUUUGAUGAAAAUCCUCAAUGUAGUGAUAUUGUUACUUGGAAUGCAAUUUUAGCUAGUUAUGCUAGAGAUGAACAGUUAGGUAUCGCGGAACAGUUGUUUGGUGAAAUGCCUGAGAAAGAUGUGAUUUCUUGGAGUACAUUGAUAGUGGGUUAUGUUCAAGGAGGGAAAUUAGAAAAGGGUUUGGACUGUUUUAGAGAGAUGAAAGAGAAGGGACUGAUUCCAAAUGAGGCAAUUUUUGUUACUGUUCUCUCGGCUUCAGCUCAAAUGGGUUUGCUUGAACAUGGGAAACUAGUUCAUUCCACUAUAAAAGCGUCCAACUGUCGAAUGACUCUUCCACUAAGAACUGCUCUUAUUGAUAUGUAUGCAAAAUGUGGUUGUAUUGAGAUGUCAAGGCAACUUUUUGAUGAAAUGCGUCGAAGAGAUGUUUGGUCUUGGAAUGUCAUGAUUUGCGGUUUAGCAACACAUGGCCUAGGAAAGGAAGCUCUUGAACUUUUUGAAAGGUUCACGAAAGAAGGGUGGAGACCAGUUAAUGUGACCUUUGUCGGGGUGUUGAACGCCUGCGGUCGAGCAGGUCUUGUCUAUGAAGGCCGGCAAUAUUUCAAGUUGAUGACAGAGGUUUAUGGGAUUGAGCCGGAGAUGGAGCAUUAUGGGUGCAUCGUUGAUCUCUUGGGUAGAGCUGGCUUUGUGGAAGAAGCUCUGAAAUUGGUCGAGAAUAUGACAAUUCAACCAGAUCCUGUAUUAUGGGGAACAUUAUUAGGGGCAUGUAAGGUUCAUGGGAAAGUUGAAUUAGGGGAAAAACUCGGGAGAAAACUAAUUGAAAUGGAUCCUACGCAUGACGCCCAUUACGUAUUACUUGCCAAUAUUUAUGCGAAAGCUAGAAAAUGGGAAGAUGUGGUCAGAGUAAGAAGACUAAUGGUUGAUCGAGGAAAUAAUAAAAUUGCUGGAUGGAGCUUGAUUGAAGCACAGGGAGAGGUUCAUCGGUUUAUUGUAGGGGAUAGAGAGCAUAAGCACUCUUUGGAGAUAUACAAAAUGCUCAAUGUGAUUGAUAGGCGUCUGGCAGAAGCCGGAUACUCCCCAGAUGUUUCACCUGUUUUACAUGAUAUAGGAAAGGAGGAGAAAGAGAAUGCAAUUAGAGUGCACAGUGAGAGGUUAGCUAUUGCUUUUGGUUUGUUGGUAACACAAGUUGGUGAUUGUAUUCGAAUUGUGAAAAAUUUGAGAGUUUGUGGGGAUUGUCAUUUGGUUUGCAAGAUGAUCUCGAAGGUUUUUGAGAGGGAGAUUAUUGUAAGGGAUGGAAGCCGAUUUCAUCAUUUCAAAAUGGGAUAUUAUGGCCUCUGCUGUUGAAGUGUUCCAACUUAAAGUUAAACUCGUGUUAGCUAUCAGAAAGAACUGCCAACUUAUCUUUCAUCAUCAUAUGGACAGUAUCCUCCUCCAAGCACAACAACAGGUAUCACCUACCCACCUCUGUCUUCAUUGGGUUUUUGCAUUACAUUAUGUGAUUUCUCAAUACGGUUGACGCCAUUGUAUUGCACUCGCUUAGCGUUGCACAAUACAUGGGCUCACCUCUAUCAUCAUAUACACUUCAGUCUUCAUCAAAGAAUUUUAGCUGGCUAUCAUAGAACUGUCAUCAUCUCAUAUCUUUGGCUAAGACGUACAGAAUGUAUCUUUGUCGUACAGUCUUGACCUUACGUGCUCUGUUCAUGUCAUUCCUAUUCCUUGCACCUAUUUCCUAAUUAUUUUUUAGAGUCUACU